AUGACGAUGAUUCAAAACACCAAUAUCGUCGAACUAUAUAGCGAGAUGGUUAAGGAUGACAAACAAUUGACGUACUACAAUAGUGGUGUAGGAACAUAUGCUAAGGGCCACACACACUGGAUGAAGCAGGUCUCGAGUGUCUUUGAUCUGGCCUUUGCGUUUAAUAUCAGCCGAACCAUCAUGGGCGCCUACAGAUGGCUCUCAGACAAGUACCGUCCUGGUGAUAAGAUCUUCCUAUUUGGAUUUUCGAGAGGUGCAUACCAAGUUCGUGUAUUAGCAGGAAUGAUCCACCAAAUGGGGCUCAUAUUACCCGGCAACAUAGAACAGAUCCCCUAUGCCUUCCAGCUCUACUGCGCCAUCAACAGUGGAGAAGAUAAGGACAAGGAUCUUGCGGCAGGAUUCAAAUCGACGUUCUCGAGACAAGACGUAGUAAUACAUUUCAUCGGCGUAUGGGACACCGUUUCGUCUGUUGGUAUCCGGAAGGAUAAGAUUUUACCUUCCACCGAUACAUGCGAUCACAUUUGCUACUUCCGCCACGCACUUGCACUAGACGAGCGCAGGGUGAAAUUCCUACCCGAGUAUGUCUACGGAGGCAUGAGCGAUCGAUCCAAAUCCAAAUCGGUGCUAACUCCCAAGGACGAACAUGGUAUUAAGGAGGUCUGGUUUGCUGGUAGUCAUUCGGAUGUGGAGAAGACAGACAAUGCGCUUACUUUUCGAGACAUGCCUUUGCUAUGGAUGCGUGAAGAAGCUUUCGAGGCAGGGCUUCUGCUCAAUCCUCCCAAGGUAGCUUUCACAUCUGAAGACUUGAAGGAGCCCAAGAUCACCAACUCGUUAACGCUCCGGUGGUGGCUACUCGAGAUGUUACCUAUCAGACAUCUUCGCUACAAUAACUCCAACCAGCACACGCAAUUGUGA